CCUCUCCUUCGCAUACGAGCCGGCUCCAACGCCCUAGCUAGUUUACCAUCGCGCGCCACGCAGAGCUGCGGCUGUACAGUUGGCUCGGGCCAUCAUUUUCCACCGGUGAGGGACGACAACAAGCCAACGCAGCAGGCCGCUCGUGUCUAACUUCCGGAGCCCUCUGCUCCAAGUGGCGAGCGCGAAACGGAAAGCCGGUUUGUGAGGUUCUCCGAGUGCUACAGCUGGCCACGUAUAGAGGAGUCGGCGCGCAGGAAACAGGCGCUUGGGAAAGCAGAGGAGCACGACGGCCACCAGUCAUUUUGCUGUUUACAACGCCGGAAACUUCCACCAUGCAGUACUCCGCGCUCACCGAGGCCAACUUCCAUUACCCGCAACUACACAUCGAGGAUGACCCCAAGAAGCAGGCGACGGUGGAGAACAUCGCGCACCCUCUCGUGCUCAACGUGCACACCAUCAACAAGAUCCGGGACGUGUUUAACAGCGAGAUCGAGUUGGGCUUGAUGAAGAAUCCGCGCCGACCGUCGUCUCUGCAGAUGGAGAACACCUACCUACCCGAGCUUCCCGAUGGCACCGAGAAGGGUGAGUUCCUCGCCUUGGACUUGGGUGGCACCAACUUCCGCGUGUUGCACCUCCAACUUGACCCGGAAGGUGAGAAGCAGUUUCAUGUCAAAUACUACUCCGUUCCGGAACCCGUAAGACUCGGGCAUGGCGAGAAGUUGUUCGACUUUUUGGCUGACUGCAUUCACGACUUCAUGGAGACCAAUAACUUGAUGGGAAAGCGGAUGCCCUUGGGUUUCUGCUUUUCAUUUCCCAUGGUACAGAAGGCGCUCAACGUGGGUAUUCUGGUCACUUGGACCAAGAGCUUCAACUGCUGCGGAGUCGUUGGUCAAGACGCUGUUCAGAUGCUGAAAGACGCCAUCGACCGGAGAGGCGACAUGGACAUCGAUAUCGUAGCUGUCGUCAAUGACACGACAGGCACCCUGGUCAAAGGAGCUUUCCUGGAUCAUGAAUGUGCCAUCGGUCUCAUAUUGGGAACUGGAAGCAAUGCCUGCUAUCUCGAGAAGAUCGAGAAUAUUGAGAAGUGGGAAGGCGACAAAACGGGUGUCCGCGAAGUGGUCAUCGAUGUUGAGUGGGGUGCCUUCGGCGACAACGGUGUGCUUAACUUUAUCAAGACUGAGUUCGACCGGAACGUCGACGAUAACUCGUUGCUGGUCAACUCGUUCACUUUCGAGAAGCUCUUCUCUGGAAAAUUCCUUGGCGAGUUGGUACGACAUGUCCUGGUUAAGCUCAUUCGAGAACGAGCGCUCUUCGAUGGCAGGGCUUCCGAGACAAUCCUUACGAAGGGUACGUUCACGACGGCAGACGUCUCGGAACUUGAAGGGGAUGACGGUGAAGGUCGGGCGCGCGAGGUUUUAGCCAGAAUUGGCUACAUACGGGUAACCGACGAUGAUAUCGCCGUGGUGCGCUACGUCUGCGGCGUAGCUUCGGCAAGGGCGGCGCUACUUGUGUCAAUCUGCCUAGCGGAGCUACUUAACCGCAUGAAGAAGCCGACAGUGACAAUAGCCAUCGACGGUUCACUCUACAAGCACCACCCUAGAUUCCACCGACUCAUGACCGAAUUCAUCACAGUGCUGGCGCCAAACCGACCUUUCAAGCUGAUGCUUGCAGAAGACGGUAGCGGAAAAGGAGCAGGUCUGGUAGCCGCUGUGGCUGAUAGGCUGCGACGUGCGAAGCAAAAUGGCUACCAUAAGUGAUGACAGUGCAUCGAUCAGUGUUCGGCACGAUGUGUGUGAGAAAUGUAAUGAAGGUUAUGCACAUAUUCAAGAAGUGUGCAAUAUAUUUUGUAAAUAUAACGCUGCGCUGAUUAUUGUGCCGUUUGUGCGUCGUCUGUUCAGGCUGGAAGAAUUUGGCACUGUUUUUCAAGCUCAGAAACUUGUAGUGCCUUCGUACUUUACUGUUGAUGACACCAUACAUUCUUGUACUACAUAAAUGCAUCACAUUAAUUCACACUGAAUACCACAAUGUGUCGUGCAAUCGCUUACGUGAUAUGUGGUAUGUACCGUGAUACAUUGCUACCUAAGUGUUUCGAUCUCUAGUGAUGUUUGGUUGAAGUUACUAUCGAUGGAAGCCUGAAGUUUGUGAAACUUUGAGAACCGGAUGGAGAGAGUUGUGUGAUCUCUGGGAUAAUGUUGUAAGCUUAACAAUGGUGGGCUUCAGGGUUGCACAUUAUUCUCAGAAUAGCACUGGUUUCGAGGCAUGCACUGUCAAAGUUGCGCCAAAAAUGCAAUGUUCUUCCAGUCAUCUCUUAAGAAAACUGCUUUACGCAUUGAAACACAAAAGUUAUUGGAACGCCAAAGCAUUUCAUCGGACACUUUGGAAAGUCAUAUCUGGAAACUGUUGGAGUUUUAAGAAUCCGUUCCAUUUGCGAACUUACCCGCUGCAAUUUGUAGAUGGAAAUAUGUGCUGUAAAGUCAUUACUUAAAACGUCAAUUAGCGUAGCUAUGUUAAUUAUUCAACUAAGCGUUUUGAUAUCUCGUAGAAGUAAUGGCCGCCUCAUGGAGUAAUUCAAUUUAGAUGCAGGGCUAGUAUUGUGCUAACUGCCACAAACAAUUUUUCAGAACUUGAUGCAACUGGAAAAACACCCUCUAUAUAUAAAAAAACGACCUGUACACCAACCAGCGUUCGUAAAUUUGUUUACUUCAGCCCUCUCCGCACUCAUUGAAUUUGAGAAUGAUAAAGUUUCAUGGCGCAUUAUAUGGAGAAAUCGGACACCUAAUUAGUCUUUACUUGCAGGCGGUGUUCCUCGAACAGCCGAUGUACGAGGUCGAUAGAAAUGAAAGACUGAACUUCCCUUGACUAGGUAUAGAGUAUGAAUUGCGUGAGCAACGGGCGGAUUGCAUUGUGACAAACCACGCUAUGAAACGUGAACAGGAAGAUCGUCCUGUCAGCGUUUCCUUUUUCUAUGUGUAUUUACUGGCACUAAUAAUUAUGUUAGCAGAAAUACACUAAAUGGCCCACCAAGAGUACCUAAACAAAGAUAUGUCGCGACUCAGUAACAUUUUGCCUGCUAGAAAGAGCAUUCAAAGGGAACACGGCACGAUACAUCAAAAGGACCGAGUGUAGUACGACUUCGUCAUUGUACCAUAUAACAAAACUGGGAAAGUUUAAUCAUUUUAUUCCAAUUUUAUUACUUUUCAUACUUGUUCAGUGGUCACAUCACCAAGGUCGACAGGUCGUGAGCGCUGGAUGAUAAAGGAUAGGAUCGAGUGAAAGGAAUUGUGAGAGUAUACCGGCCCACUUCCUUGACAUUUGUAGUCCUGCCAUUUCUUAAUGUUUCUGUAUUUUAUGGUGUCAUCGAUAUCUUAUUUUGUUCCUAAUUAUUGACCCCAUUCUCGUGAGUAUGUCAGUAAGCCGCAGAAAGCGAGAGAUCAGUCUCGAGGGCCACAUAUGCUGAACACUUGGUGCAGAUCUCCUUGCACGUAAUGGUGCGUAACAGCUCUUCAUGCAGACUGUAAACAAGGAAGUAGCAAACCGGUGAGAUCGCACCUGCGGAGGAGCGGCUGGGUUUCCAGGCUUCGAUAUAAGUGCAGGGGUAAAGAAAGUUUCAAAUGGUUAAUGUGCUGCAGAGCAUUUGACUGAGGAAAUCAUCGAAAUGUUACCUCAAGGUUUCUUUCUUAAAUGGUUUGCAGUCAUACGACCUUUUAUUUAACUGCCGUAUAUUCCGGACUAUAGUCUGUGGACUGUAGAAGUUUAAAAGCUGAAAUUUCGUGGGGUGUGGGCUACUUAUGGGUGAGGUCCAUACAUAACUUUAUUUAAAGUCUGAGGUGCUCAUCAAAAAAAAAAAAAAAAAAAAGAGGCCAGAUUGCGCCUGCAAUCUUUCCCCCGGUUAAAAAAAAACAUGUAACGAGAUCCGCUCAACAAUGGCUUUCUUCGCACGAACGAUAGUUCUCGCUCACCGUGGCAGCUCACGAUAUGCAAGUGAAUGCUGCUCACGGUACUUAAAGUGUUCUGCUUUUCAAUGCUUUCACAAAACCUUAUUGAAAAAUGCCCGAGACCUUGCUACAUGAUGCGCAAGGCGUUUUACGCGACUCUACAUAUGCGCAAAAGACAAGAACAGUUGCGAUGUCAUCAAAAGGACGAAGAGGCUUCACGGCAUAGCUCGAGCUCAGCGUAGUCGAACGUGCGCUUGAAGUAACGAUUCCAAAGGCGAUGAAGAAAUUCAGGAGCCAUUCACGAAAUCCGACUAGCUUGACUAGUUUUGCUUUGGCAACACGGACGAGAGGGGAUCGCGAUCACUUGUACAGUUGACUUCUAUAUGCAGUCUAUUAAAAGGUACAAGCUGUUACUGGGUGACCGAAAAAAAUUAUCUUACCCAAUGUUCACUCGUUGCUGACUAGGUAAAAAACUUAUUUUCAGUCGAAGUUCGUCCCUGCGGACUAUUCAGCUGGUGCGCAUUAAAGUCCGGAAAAUACGGUAUAUACCUUGUUUCGGGAUUUCAUUAUCAGCAGCAGCGUCAGCUUAUUUUAUGUCCACUGCAGGAAGAAGGCCUCUCCCUGCGACCUACAAUUGCCCCUGUCCAGCGCCACCACUUCGGGAUUUACGCAGCCAUAAAAAAUGUGUCCUUCUUUCAUGGCCUUCGUAUGCAAAAUUCUGUUUCAUAACGUGGUUCUCUUGAGCAUCAAUAUGGAACGUAGUUUUAUUUUCUACUGGGUGUGCCUAAGAUAUACCAUGUAAUAUAGCUAAGUGAACAUAACCUGCACAGUAAACGUAGUUUUUACGUGUAAGAGCUGAUCAGAUGACCAGCAUAAAUGUUGUCUUCGGUUCAAGUUAUAUUACGUCUGAUGGAGGCAGUGUAUGGGACAUCGGUAAGCAAUAAAAUGUUUAUUUCUGCA